AUGAAAACCAGGACCAUCAAUGAGUAUCCAGGGGCCAGAAACUUUCAUAGAGGAAACCAAGCGGAACCUGGUUUGGUGAAAAGUGCGACAAGUCCUGACACCUUGAGCAAACUGCCGCAGCCUUCUGAGAUCACACCAUCAGUUCAAAAGGCACCAAGUUCGCCCAAAUUGUUCUCUUCCAAGAGGAUAAACUACUGCAUUAUAGCUUCAGAGAGAACGCGAGCUAUUUGUUCUCUCAUUGUAGCUUUUCUUGUCAAUGUGAAUUCAGAUAGCUUCAUUGCCUCAAGGCCUUUUUGCAUAAUCCUGUUAACUGAUGUAACAAUUGUGCUUGCCCGAUUGUUUCGUGAGAGCGGAAAUGACUCCGAGGAGAUUGAGGACGAAAAAGAUGCAGGUUAA